AUUGAUGAACGAGUCGUAAAACUGGCUGCUCGAACUCUCUCUGAAGUUAUUGGGAUGAAUUUGUCUCCCCAGUGUGACCUCCUUCUGGAAGAAUGUCACGUCGAUAUGAUUCUCGAACAACCAUCUUCUCACCAGAAGGCCGCCUCUACCAGGUGGAGUACGCCAUGGAGGCCAUCGGGCACGCCGGCACGUGCCUGGGCAUCUUAGCCAACGACGGCGUGCUGCUGGCCGCCGAGAGGAGGAACAUCCACAAGCUGCUGGACGAAGUCUUCUUCUCUGAGAAGAUCUACAAGCUGAAUGAGGACAUGGCGUGCAGCGUGGCCGGAAUCACGUCAGAUGCCAACGUACUGACCAACGAGCUGCGGCUGAUCGCACAGAGGUACCUGCUGCAGUACCAGGAGCCGAUCCCCUGCGAGCAGCUGGUCACGGCGCUCUGCGACAUCAAACAGGCCUACACGCAGUUUGGAGGGAAGCGUCCGUUCGGAGUGUCGCUGCUCUACAUCGGCUGGGACAAACACUACGGCUUCCAGCUCUACCAGAGCGACCCCAGCGGGAACUACGGAGGCUGGAAGGCCACGUGCAUCGGAAACAACAGCGCCGCGGCCGUCUCCAUGCUGAAGCAGGACUACAAGGAGGGGGAGAUGAGCCUGUCGUCGGCGCUCGCCCUCGCCAUCAAGGUCCUCAAUAAAACCAUGGACGUCAGCAAGCUGUCUGCGGAGAAAGUGGAGAUCGCCACGCUGACGCGCCGCGGCGGCAAGACCUGCAUCAAGGUGCUGAAGCUGAAGGAGGUGGAGGAGCUGAUCAGGAGGCACGAGGCGGAGGAGGCCAAGGCCGAGAAGGACAAGAAGGAGAAGGAGCAGAAGGAGGAGGACAAGCAGUGAGCGCUCGCGCGUGUGUGUGUGUGUGUGUGUGUGUGUGUUUUCUUUAAAAUAAAGCUGAACCAGAGUCUCAUUGGGUUUUUUAUUUCUUAUAUUUCUUGUUUGUGUAGGAACCAUAACACAUUAUUCUGGACAGUUUUUUU